AUGGAAUCAAAUACUGUAGUCCCAACCAAAAGCAAACGUCCCCCGAAAUCCAAACCUCAAAAUCCUAUCGAAUCCACCAUCCGAUCAUUUUUUCAAACACUCCCCUCCACAUUAUUUUUGGAAAUCUCGGCUUCUAUCGACUCUCUCAUCACCACUUCUCCAAAACGCUGGGUUAUAUAUUCACCCAUGUUACUUCUUCCCUCUGGAUCCUUUUCCUCGCCACAUUGGACUUCACUCCUUUCCCUUAUUUCUCCUUCUCAGAAAGAAACACUCUUUACUCAAAUUCUUCAGAGUGUAUCAAAGAAAGAAGGCAAGGAACUCACGCAUCUAGCUAUUAAUGCCGGGAUACCUCUUCACGAGAAGGAAAAGGAGGGAGAGAACCAAAGAGAGAAAGGAGAAGAUAAUAUAUUAAGAAGCCCCAGUGGAUUACUUAUGCUAUAUGGAGAUUUCGGACCUGAUUUCACGGGUUACGAACCCACGGAAAAAGAUUUCAAAGAUGCGUUCUGGGUGAGUACGAAACAGAAUGGGCUUGAACAGGUUUGGGCACCGAGGUGGACGAUGUUUAGUAGAGGGAAUGUGAAGGAAAAGGCGAGGUUGUUGGGUUUUCAUGAUGCUGUUGCUACGGUGAGUGAUGGUGCAAAGAAGGAGAUACGGAAGGAGGAGAGGAGGAAUUGGACCGCGGUGGAUUUGGUUGUGAGGAGGGGAGAGGUGAUUGAAGAGGUUGGAGAUGAGAGAAUUGUGGUAUUCUUGGAGAGUAAUGUAGAGGCGGAGCGGAAGUUGGAAAUCAUGAAGGGUCUUGGCGUGGUGAAACAUGUUAAUUGUGGUUUCUUACCCACGAGUGAGCCUACCUGGAAACCGGCUAUGAAUAUCUUGAGUGAGGAUGGAUGGUUACAUUUACACGAAAAUGUUGGGAUUGCAGAUGUAGAAAAAAGGAAGAACGAGAUUGAGGAGAUGUUCCGAACCUGGCUCAAGGAACGAGUCGAUGAGAGAAAAGUGACGGUUGAGCAUGUCGAGUUUGUCAAGACUUUUGCUCCCGAUGUUUGGCAUUGCGUCUUUGAUGUUUAUAUCAGUAAACAAGUUACAUGA